ACUGUUCUCAGCUGUAUGUGUACGGACGAAGAUAUGUACUCAAAAGUGGAAUAACAUUCACGAGACGAGACGACGUUUGCCAGCAGAUUACAAAAUAGUUCUUUUUGUGCAUUGGCAUGAUUAUUUGUAGAGCAGCAAGAACGUGUUCAGUAAUUAGAUUGAAGGUUUACAGCUGUAGGAUCUAACGGAAUCAACGAAUUGGAAAGCGUUCCUUCGGGUGGUGGUUAUAAUUCUGUGCAGCCGAUCAAGUAUCUCCCAAUAGGGUGCGGAGAAGAGUAGUCGAAGGAAAACGAUCAAAAUGAAGAAGAAGGUACUACUAAUGGGCAAAAGUGGCUCUGGUAAAACUAGUAUGCGAUCGAUUAUAUUCGCCAAUUAUAUUGCCAGAGAUACUAGGCGACUUGGGGCGACAAUCGACGUCGAACACUCACACGUGCGCUUCCUCGGUAACCUGGUACUCAAUCUAUGGGACUGCGGUGGUCAGGAAUCAUUCAUGGAGCAGUACUUUGCCUCGCAGAAGGACAACAUCUUCCGCAACGUUGAGGUGCUGAUUUACGUGUUUGACGUGGAAAGUCGCGAGCUGGAUAAGGACAUGCACUAUUAUCAGUCAUGUCUGGAAGCUAUCCUGCAGAACUCACCGGAUGCAAAAAUAUUUUGCCUGGUGCACAAAAUGGAUCUGGUAGCGGAGGAGCAGCGUGAUAUUAUAUUUAAGGAACGCGAAGAGGACCUGAAGCGGUUGUCAAAGCCACUCGAAUGCACCGCUUUCAGGACGAGUAUCUGGGACGAAACGUUGUACAGAGCGUGGAGUAGUAUCGUGUACCAGCUGAUCCCAAACGUGAAAGCGUUGGAGAAUUCGUUGAACUAUUUUGCUAACGUAGUUGACGCCGAUGAGGUCCUGCUUUUCGAGCGGGCCACAUUUCUAGUGAUUUCACACUGUCAGAGGAAACAGCAUCGAGACAGUCAUAGGUUCGAAAAGGUCUCGAAUAUAAUCAAACAGUUCAAAUUAUCAUGUUCGAAGUUGGGCGCCAAGUUUUCUUCAAUGGAGGUACGAAAUAGCAUAUUCGCUGCUUUCAUUGACACCUUCACGAGCAACACGUACGUCAUGGUUAUCAUGUCGGAUCCAUCCAUCCCCUCAGAGGCCACGUUGAUCAACAUCCGGAAUGCGAGAAAGUACUUCGAAGAGCUUGAAAAUCCCAAUAACAACUUGAGCGCAAGCAGUGCAAUCCACUCGGUGGCUAGCCACGCUGGCCACGGAAUGAUUAAUGGGGGCUCCUCCCAUUAUUACAACCAUCACCACCAGCAUCAGCAGCUUCAGCAACAGUUCCUCCAGCAACAGCAGCUGCAAUAUCACAACGCGAAUAAUCCGUAUCACUGAUAUUUAUUCAAGAAAAAGUACUUCUACUUCAAGUAACACUUCCCAGAUAUCGUUGCUGUGAACACUCUUCCACGCUUCUUCACCAUGUUUCGGCGUCUGGCCUGGAUGCUCUUUGUGCAUAUAUGUUAGUUCGGAUCAAGUCUGUCACGACUGAAGAAUAUAUCGAUUUUUAUGUAAGCUAUUGAUUGUUAUGUUUUAGGUUGUAAGUGAGGUUUAGCCAACGUUAAACUGUUGAGUCACAGGUACUUCCGACGUUGAACACUGAUUCUCUGGAAGAAGUUAGUUGCUUCCAGAUGGCCAUAUUGCGUGAGAUGAGAUUUUUAUCUUAUUUGCCCCUUUUGUUCUCUUCCAUGUUCCCUAGAUUAGAAAUAAUAUCAAUGACGAUUGAUAAAAUUACAAAAUAAACCGAAUGAAAAAAAGAAAAUGUAAAAAGGUGAAGCUAGAAACUAUUGUAUCAUAUUGGACAGGUAUAUCCCGCUGAGAGUAAAUAAAGAGUUUUAUACGGAAAGUCA